AUGGGUGACCCUGCUACUCUGUUGUCCUCUCAAUGUCCUGCAACUCCAGUCACUUCUUCAUGCAAGACAGCAGACUCAAAAGAUGCUGUCAUGGGUGUCAUUUACUUCGCUUGGGAGGCAUUGUGUGAGGCAGAGCCUCUCAAUCCAGCUGUGGAUUUCGAAUUCCUGAUACAUGAGGUCCUUUCUGCCCUGGAGCUGAGCCCCCCUUCAGUGACUGAGGCUUUCGCACAUACUCCUUCCAAUACUGAGGAGGUCACGGCCUCCAACUCUCUGACCACUUCCACCGGCACUGACGAUACUCUCCUCUCAGUUGCUCUGGCCUCUUUUUUUGUGGUAGCCAUGCCUGUCACAGCUUCUGCUGCUCUUGGUGAUCCUGUCCCUACAUUUGAGUUUCAGGCUCGUGCGGCCAACCUGGUCGCUAUUGACCCUCCUUUCAACUCAGAUCUUGCAGCCAUGGAGGUUGAUCCUCCACUCGCUUCCAUGUUCAAUAAACCUCCCUCUGUGAAAGGCUCUGAGACCAUCGAGCUCUCCAGCAAUGAUUAG